AUGGCCGAAACUGAUCCACCGUCUACCAGGUUCGUUGCUCCGGCGAGAAGUAUGGGUGCUUACGCUGCAGCACGUACAAUCUUAAAUACAUCCAUGGUAGGACGUACCCCGAAGCUGCGCCGGUCUGGAGGAACUCAGCAUGCAGCCGUCUUCCAACCGAAAGACCGGCCUCCCGCAUCGCUUGAUGCCACGAUACAACCUUCACAGCAGCUCGAUAUUCACCAAGCGACUCCUAUUUCCACCCGGUUGGACAACUCGAGCGACGCUGUGGACGUAUCCAUGGCGAGCUGGACACCCCCAGUGGCAUCUACAAGUAUUGAAAUGAACGCGCCCUUUCAAAUUCCUGAUACCGGCGACCCAUACAUGGUCUCGUCAGUACUGCAGAGUCCCAGAGAUGCGACCUCAACGAGUGCAGCCACGGACCAUAGCAUACCAAGUGUCCAGGCCCAUCAUCUGGGCGGGGAUGGUGAUACCACACAGCCUUGCCUGCACUUGACUUGCAGCGAAAAUGGUUGUAUUUCGUCCAUCGACAGUUUUUCAUGGUCUGGGCUCGCCGACGAGGAGGUGCUUCCUUUGUCUACCACGCCCGGCGGCGAUGCCGCCUUUGGACAGCUUGCCCCGUUGGCUAGGUCUUCGCGCAUGGUCCCAACCGCGUAUCGAGAUACGAACGCAGUGGCGCGCUAUCCACACGCUGCGAUGCUAAUGGGCAUUAUUGACGACCUCGAGUCGUGCCUCCAGCAGACAGCGCCAGUAGAUCAAGUUCUAAAUCUUAACCGCACAGCGAUGGCUAAGCUGCCCUCCGUCAUGGAGAUGGAAGGAUUCAAGGCCUGCAACAGCUGUCCCAUCCUGGCUGCCACCGUCCUGGAUCUUAUUGUUGGCAUGUAUAGCAUGGCAAUCUCGCCCGUACAGGCUACUGCUCAAGAGGGAGAGGUUUCAGUCACGGGGAGCGCAUAUCCGGUUGGUGGGCUUCCACUGGGGUCCUACUCGCCCUCAGUGCAGUCCCUCUCUCAGCCAGCUCUCACAGAUAUAGGAAAUAUCACAACCUCCGCCCCGGAAGCGUCAAGUGCUGCCUCCCAGCCCGCAUUUGCGUUCGGCUGCCUAGAGCUAGAGCUGGAGGAGCAAGCUAUCCUCCUAAACUUGGUGCUCAAAAGGGAUCUACGCAAGUGUCUAGAAAUUAUCCAGUCUUUCCGCCGUGAGAUGCAGAAGCGGUGGGAGGGAUCUCAGGGCAAUCCCCGUGGGACGGCGAGGAAUGUCUCUAUUGUCUCGAGCUCCAGAGCACAAGAUGCAUGGUACGGUGAGAUAGAGGAAAAGGCUGAAGAGUUACUCCAACUUCUGCUAGCCACGCAAAACAGGCCAGGAGGGGAUUGA